CCAACAGAUACGGGUUACAUGUACCUUAGCGUGAAAUAGGUUAUUUACUUCUUAUAAGCAACUUAAAGUGAAGGCGAAAGCGGAUGCAAGCAUCUUUCGGUAGUCCUCACGUGCCCGAGGUGAUGUAGGAACUGACCAAACCAAGGCAUAGAGAAAUAGAGAAUAAGCUUAGAGUUACAUUGUACAAGUUUUGAAGAUGAUCCGAAAAGGACAACGUCUAUUUCGGUUAGCCACCCAAGAGAUUGCCGCUGUAGACAAGAAGUGUUUUGUCACUGGCCAAGGGGUUGUCAUUCCGUAUAUCGUGCCUAUGCGUCUUGGCGUCACCUACGAUUUCUACAGAGAAACCGUGUGCCCUUUGUGUAUCUACGACGACGCUGACCUCAGUCGAGCUGACGUCAUUCCUGGCGACGGACUCAAAACUAAUUUUAAGAUUGUUGAAAAGAAUGAAGACGUUUGCAGUUUUCUCAAUAUAUCUCCCGCUCUAAGUUUGAAGGCAAAGUUGGGGCUGGUCCAAAUGGACGUGUCUGCAAACUUGCUUCAAGAGGUUAAAAAGGAGAGAAGUGCUGUGGUGGUCUUAGGAAGUAUUGAAUUUUCUACGCUGACAGAAACCCUGCCAGUGAACGCUGUACCUCGCUCUAACUGGCAAAAUAACCAUGACCGUGGUCUGGGGACCCACUUCGUGGACAGUAUCACCUACGGAGGACGCGUCGUCUUCUCCAUGUCUCACACACUCAAGUCAACUGCGUGUAAGCAAAGCAUAUCUACAAAAUUAGGUGUGGAUUUACCGAAACUGAUGUCGUCAUUCUUGGACAAGACAAACUCAAGCAUUAAAACAAUUUGGAAAGAAGAAAUCGAAGAUUCAAUAGAAAAGACAGAUAUUAACUACUGGUCAAGUCCGGGCAUUUCAGUUAAGUUACAAAAAAUUGAGGAUAUAAGCCACGCCUUGCAGAUUCUUAGGGAAGACAUCAACGUGACACAUUCUGGAAAAGGCGUGCCCAUUAGCGCAAGAAUCACGCCCCUUGGAAUGAUUGAUAGAUCGUUUCCUAUCCCAGCUGCCCCUGCUGAGAGAACUCUUCAAAAGUUAGACGAAAGUUAUGGUGAACUAAAAUAUGUUCAGAAGCAAAUAAAAAAAUUAUACCGUCGUAUUCCAGGACUUCAUGUAGACCAAAGGACAAAAGACAGUGUAACCGAAUUUGCGGCUAAAAUUGAAGGCAUCCUUGAGGUAUUCGACGAUGUGAUAUUCAACUUGGACCUGCGCAACCUGCCCCUGUCAGCACAGUGUAAACCCGCCUUCCAGGCAUACGGCGUGUACCUGCCAGACAAAUAUCUGACGGAAUUCAAUGAAAUUCGAGACCGUGUCUUGCUAUUUUCGUCCUCGCUAGCAGGGAAAAUACAGCUUUCUGUGAAGUUUGAUGGACAAAAAAUAACAGGAAAUAUCUUGCGCGCGGUUGACCUCCCAGACGCGGACAUUGAGGGUCAUCUCAGUAAACCGGAUCCUUACGUCCGGGUGAGACUCCUGCCGGAUGGUGUGUUUGAGGAGAGCGCCAAACAAAGCAACACCUCACACCCAGUUUUUCACCAGUGCUUUGAGUUUGAGUGCGAGGAGAAAGAAUUGGAUCAGAAGUCGUUACUUGUUCAGGUCUAUGACACGGACCCUUUCUAUAACGACUUGAUAGGAGAGGUGCGGCUGAAAAUGGCCAUCCUGAAAAGUGGGGAUGUACUCGAGGACUGGUACCAUCUGGAACCAAGGCUGGAAUGACCAGGGAACAGGGAAGAUGGGGGUUCAUUCUCAAUGAAGCUGUUGUUGUGGCAGAUUUGGGUCCUGACCCCUACCUUUGGUUUAUAAAAACAAAAUCACACCAACAUUUCCUUUUUGAAAUUAGCAUUUUUCAUUAGCCGAAUCAUAGUUCUAAACCGUAUCAACUGACACCAUUUGCCCAUUACCACCAACGCCAAAAAAUUUCGGCGCCCUUGAGCGGGCCACGAACCCUACACCAAGCAGGCGAGGGUCGGCUUUGCAUCAGAGGCCUGUCAUUCCUAAAACAACCGGACCCCCCCUUCAAAUAAUUUUGGUA